AUGGGUUAUUCGAUAGGACCAUUAUUUCAUCAAGAGACUCGUGCAACGGGUGUCAACGAUGUGGGUUUAUCCUCGGCUAUACUCAAUGAUACAAUUUACAUUUUUGGCGGCGGACAUGGCUCUUUGUGGUCUUUGCCCAUUGAUCAAAUCAAUGCCGACCAUUUGGGUCUUGCCUCUCUUUCACCUCAGCCCAACAUUACACGCUAUGCUCCUCAAACAAUCGCCUUUCAAGACAGCUUCAUUGCUCUCGGUGGUGACAUGAACGGCAACAAGAUUGCACUGCAACAAUACAAUGCUUCAAAAUCAACUUGGGAAACUUGGAAUGCAGCAACAACAGCCCCUUUGAAUCGUGCUCAACACAGCGCGGUCGUGACACCCGAUGCCAAAGCUGUGCUCUUAUUUGGUGGAAAGACGAAUGCUACCCAUGGCGCAAACGAUUUCUGGUCAUUGAGUACGCACAACAAGGAGUGGAAACGGUUGUCUAUGCCUGGGAACCAUGAUCGAUUUGGUGGUGGACGUUGUGGACACACAGCAAGUAUGCUAAGCAAUGGGCUGAUGGUUGUCCUGGGUGGCUAUUAUUGCAAUGCAAGUGGUGGAGAGCGACGUCUAGCAGACUUGGAUCAUGCCUUGGUCUACGAUUCAAUCAACAUGGCAUGGAGGCGACAAGAGUUGAUAGGAAAUGUACCUGCCUCAAGGAUAUUUCACAGUGCAGUUACAGUACAACACGAUCGUAUCAUGAUUUGUGGUGGUCAAGAUGGUGCCUUGGAACCCUUCCAAACCUACAUUUCAGCCCACAAAAUAUUGGAUCAAAUGGCAGCAAUGCUCGACACCAACACUUGGACUUGGUGUUUGGCAUACCCAUCACCCAACUAUCAGCCUUUUCCUCAAUCAAUGGGGAUUGCCUUACCAGUGGAUGGCAACAAGAUGAUUUAUGGAAUAGGGGAAUCGUAUUAUUCAGUACACGAUGGGCUCUAUAUCCUCGAUAGUGACAAUCUUCAAUGGCUACCUCAAAAGCUUGAGAUGACAUGGAUCAACGAGAAGCAAGGGAAUUCACCAAUAUGGAUGAGUGGAUGGGGGAUUGCAGCGCUAUGUUUAUCGAUCGUUCUAUUUGCGACAAUGGGCUGGAUCAUUUGGCGACUUGGAAGGCGUGUUCCAAUUGUAUUAUAUCAUGGAUUAUUGGCGAUCAAAAAGAGUGUAUGGAGUCCAAGGCCUGGUGAACCAACCUGGGCAGAAAUGUUACGACUUUGCCUUCGAACGCUCUUUGUGGUUUAUCUCAUAUACCUGUGCUUUGCAUUGAUGAUACAAGUAAUCAACAGCCCGAUUGUCGAUCAACAGUAUUAUAAGGAGGAGCAUGACUAUACGGUGGAUGUACCAGAUGUACGAUUCUGCUUUGAUGGAUGGGAUCACGCCAAUGCACCUUCAGUUCGCUGUAGCACGGAUUUUGGACAACAAUGCUCGCAGUACAUCCACACAUUCUUUCCAGACACGGCGUCAUCUAUAUCGCGUACUUGUGCCUUAUUUCGUGCACCAUCCACUUUUCGCCUUGGGCCAACAUCUAACAGGCUGGCUGCAUCCAUGGGCUCGUAUCUCAAGUUUGACUACUAUGGCACACCGCCACCAUCACCAGUACCUGCUGAUGCGCAAGAUGAUAGCAUGGGACCUCGAAUUCAGAUGACCUUGUAUCAUAAGGAGCAUGAUCCCAAUAUGGCCAUGUACGACAUUCCAGGUCUUCAACAACAAUCAUCCUUUGCUUGGCGAUCUGAAUAUGAAGAAGCGCAAUUCUUAUCAACCGAACAACAACAGCAACCUCAUGCAUUUCAGUUUGCGCUUGAGCCACAUCGAGUGCACACAGGCAGCUAUAUGCUUUUGGAGCGAAUUGUAUUGGAUGAAGACUCGUGGUGGAACUACAUUGGUUUUGCAUCAGAUACUGAGACGCGAUACGAGUUGGAUGAACAUCACGUGACGGUCCAUGCUGAGCCAACGGAUGCUCGAUACAGCACUGAACCUGCACCCUAUGGCUCUGUGCACUUGUUCCCAGUCAGCUUUGAAACCAAGGUGAUCAGUGAACAGCGAGCGUUUACUUUAGUCAAUGCACUCGGCGUGGUUGGUGGCAUGUUUGGUUUAUUCAUGACCAUCGAAAGUGCGUUAUGUGGUUUUCGUCCAAGGUCACCCCUGGGUAUUUUUCAUCGAUGGUCCAUUGGGCAAAUGCGUCAAUCUUUAUUGCGAGGUUUGCAAGCCAUGUUUUCUUCCCACGAAGGUGAUGUGCCCAUUGUUCAUCCACUCAAGCGAGAGCCUACAGCCAAAAAGAAACCUGCUGCUCAUCAUGGCGAUGAAGGGAUUGUUCACGACAAGAACGAUGAAAUAGUGGAAGAAGAUGAUCAAGAUGAGAAAAGUGAUGAAAAACGUAUGGAAAGACUCGAAUACCGAUUACACACACUUGAACGAUUGUUCCAAGCUUAUUACAUUGACGAUGAAAUCUUUCGAUCAUUGGAUCGGGCUCAGCUGGCAAAAGAAGAUCGUGGUGAUGAACGAGGUCAAAAACACACUAGUAGAAUAUGGCGAAGGCGCAAGUAG